CUCAAGCCUACGACUUAAACCAGGUUCGGAGACUACACCACGACCUCUUCAACAACUACAACAUGCAUGUGGUUCCGAGCUCCCAGACCAUCGUUAAAUUUAGGAUGAAUAUCAAACACUUCGAUAUGAUUGAAGAUACCCAAGCACUGAUGGUCGAUUCCUGGAUUGUCAAUGAGUGGGUGGACCCCCGCCUGAAAUGGGACCCGGAAGACUAUGGCCGAGUGUACAAGAUCUCUGUCCCUCACACCAUGCUCUGGAAACCAGAUCUCGAUGUCUAUAACAACGCCAACGUCGGGAAGCCCCUCUCCUACGGGAACACCCUGCUCAUCGUGUUCCAUGACGGGCGCGUCCGUCUUCGCCCGUGAGACUCCACUUCACCUGUGUCAUGGACCUGACCUUCUGGCCUCAUGACACUCACAACUGCACCCUCACCAUCGGCUCCUGGAUCCACGACGGCAUCACUAUCGAUCCCCAGCUGAUGCAUGAUAAACCGGAGCUCGACAUCAACGAACUGCAAACAGCUGAUGGGAAGAACCUCACCCGUGGCAUGUGGAACCUUCUCGACGCCAACAUAACGAGGAACGUGAGGGUUUAUGACUGUUGUCCUGAACCCUACAUAGAUAUCAAGGUGUCCAUGUUGGUUGCCCGUAAUGCCCCAGCUUACGAUUGGACGGUGAAACUGCCCGCUGUAGGACUCUGCAUCCUGACGCUGGUGGUGUUCCUGCUCCCUCCUGCCGCGGGGGAGAAGGUCAUCUUCGGGGGCCUGAGUCUCAUCCUUGACGUGAUGUUCAUCGCCUACACCAACAUGGAGAUUUCGAAUGCUCCGACGCACAUCCCGCUCAUAGUGGAGAUGGUAUGCGAACAGCUGAUGCUCGUCGUGGCCAGCAUAGUGGUCGCCAGCCUCACCCUCCGCAUGGCCCGGGAUCCUUAUACAAAGGGACUGCACACCGUGAUCAAGAGGCCCCUUAUCGUGCUGUCCUAUGCGCUCUGUCUCCACAACUACAAGAAUAUCGUAGGUUUCACACGAUGGGAGGUCUCCGCGCCCACCAACCCUACGCGAGGACCUUCAAGUCAGACGAACUCGAAUUGGGCGAGAACGGGACUACCCACCUGUACGGAGGACCGGAAGUGACUACAAGUCCCGGGCUAGACUGGCUCCUGCUCUCUGCUGUGGUGGAUCGUGUCUGUCUCAUUGUCUACGUGGCCAUAUUUACCAUUAAUAUGCUUUCGUUCAGUGCUGUGCUGUGAUUUUUGUGAUUUUUUUUUGAG